AUGGAUGUCAAAGUGGAGCCAAAAGAAGACCCUGACGCAACUGAAAAUUCCAGUUCAUUUGCCGACACAAUUUCUGGGAAUGAAAAUAAUUGUGGAUUAAGUGAUGCUGAUGUCGAAUCGCAAUUUUUUGGGGAGAAUGAUUUGGCUUCUCCGCUUGGUGGUCUCGCAAGUGUUUUUCCAGUGAGAAAGAAAAAACUGACAGCUCACUGGAGAAACUUCAUACACCCUCUAAUGUGGAGAUGCAAAUGGACAGAAUUGAGAAUAAAGGAAUUAGAGUCGCAAGCAUCAAAAUACGCGAGAGAAAUUUCUAUAAACGAUCAGGGGAAACAUAAGAUAACUGAUCAAGUGGCAGUGGAACAAUCUGGCUCAAAGUCCCAGCCAUUCACACACUUUAGUCAUAGAAAAAAGUUAAUGAAAAGGAGGAAAAGAAAGAGGGCGGAACUUACAACGGAUAUCACAUCAUUUAUGUCGGGGCAUGUCCUUUUCUGUGAGCGUGAAAAUAAAAAGGCUGAUCUGGAUGCAGUUCCUAGAAAGGAGAACCUUGGUAAUUCAGAUCAGCAAGCAACCGGUCAAGAUGAGUUUGGGAUUCAUGACGAUUAUAUAUUCCCAGAAGACAACAGCAAUAAUUUCCUGGAGCAUGUUCUUCGUAAGAUUGAAACGGUCCAUGCUCGGGUUAAUAAGUUGAAGGACAAACUUGGCUUGGUAAUGACAAACAAUGCCAGCAGGUUUUCUUCCUCGGAGAACCUAAGCCAACUCGUAGCCUGCGAUUUACAGAUGAGCUCUGGGCCUAGUCCUUCAUUGUCUGCUUGUAAUGAAGAUACCCUCUCGGUUGGAGGAAGCCUCUAUACUUCACCACCUCAGCAUAUGUCCGACUAUGACUUUGAAGAUUUUGCUGUAUCCAGCUUCGGACAGGCUAUUCCUAUUCCUGAUAUAAUCGAAAGCACAGUUGGGCUGCUAUCUUCCGUCGAUGUCACUCAGCAUCAUGCCCAAGUCGGAGAUUCAUCCGAAAGGAUUGUCGAUAAUAUUCUGUUACAAAACGAGACGGCAGAAAUAGAGAACACUCAAGAUGCAGAAAAUAGCGGGGAAGAAGAAAACAAUGACAGCAUGCUUUUAGCAUCGGAAGCUGACAUGGCAUGUAAAGGUGUUGCGACUACAGAGCAUUCGACUCUGAAGUCGUGUCUAUCAAAAGAUAUCCACUUUCCGAAGAAUAAAAGAAAGCGUGGGGAGCGUAAAGCUGCUUCCAGGUUUCCUCGUUGGGACAUUAAUUCCGCUUAUUGCAGGUUCUUCUUGAUCUCCCCUCAGCGCUUAGCCACUAGUUACCAAUGGAAGGCGAUAUUCUGGACAAGUUGGAAUCGAUUGGCCUUCACGACCAGGAGGCAGCGACAAUACCUCUAG